AUGUCCUACCAUCCCAACUUUCCUCCGAGCCUGUCCAUAUCACCUAAUACAACAGCUGAUCGUGUCGACGAUGAGUUUGGGAUUUCAGCUCAGCGUGACGCGAUUGAGACAUUCGGCAUUGCAGGCAGGGUCUGGGAAGCUGCACUGGCGAUGUGCUCCUACAUAGAUUCCAUGAAUGUCGAUGCACACGAUUUGGAAUUCGAUCCGCCUUUCUUUGACGAUGGGAGUCAAGAUUAUGGUUGUCCAACACUGAUCGAGCUCGGGUCGGGAACGGGUAUCGUCGCCGCACGGAUUGCACGCGCAUUCCUGAGCGAUGGAGUCGUCAUCGCCACGGAUCUUCCGGAUGUGUGUCCUCUACUAGAACGGAACCUCCACGCUCACACUGGCUCUCUGCUCACCCCGGACUUGAGCAAGUCGGGAUGCGGGAACAUGUUUGUACGACCCCUUUCUUGGGGAAAUUUAGAUCAUGCUAUGCUCAUCGAACGAGAGUUUGGCUUUCCUCGGUCUUGUAAUCGACUUACCCAUGUUAUUUGCAGUGAUCUCGUAUACUUCCCAGAAUUGUUUGCACCUCUCCUACGCACUCUUAUUCAUCUCACUUCGUCCCCAUACUCGGAUGCCGUGAACAGAACUUACGCUAGAAUUGUCGUCUCGUACAAAGUUCGGAGUUUACAGAAGGAAACUCCAUUCUGGGCUGCGUUCGGGCUGUGGUUCGCGUUCCACCCGGUUCUUUUCCGUCAUCGACGUCCCCUCCGACUCUCAGUUGUAGCGGAUGAUCAUGUGUUGGGCGAGGACCAGACAUUUGUCUUCGUCGCGCACCGUCGCCCUGAGUCAAUGUCAUGGGAGAUUCCGCAGAGUGAUCAGGACCUCAUAGAUGGAGUGGGAGCCAGGGGCACGUCGCUCAGGAAGGCAGAUGAUACGUUUGAGACAUUGUUAUUCAUGGCGAUGGAGCAUGUAGAAUGA